AUGGCUCGUCGCAAGAAGCGCACCGCCAAGAAUGAGAACUUCGUCUAUAGUCAUGAUGAGCUCGUAUCGCUCAUUAAGAAGCAUUAUCAACUGCUGAUUGACAUGGCCUACUUCGAGCCCGAAGAUGUCCGCUGGCCAUCAGAGCCCGCUGGAUGGUCCGACGAGGACCUAAACGUGAACGCACUACAAAUACUAGGUCGCGAUGUCAAGGUCAUUCAACUACUUCGGCAUAUCCCUUAUCCCCGCAAAAGAAAGACUGAGGUCUACUUCGCGUCCAUGGCUAUUUCCUACUUGCAUGAGCACUGGCAGCCCGGGACCGGCCGUCGCGUCAACUGGCACAAGAGGUCGUUCUGUGCGCUCGGCCUGGCGCCUUUCGACGGACCCAUGCCACCGCAUCUCAUCACGCUGACGUGCGAGGAAUCAGAGAUAGGAAUCACUUGGGUCAUCGACACCGAUAGAGGUUGCAUCUACCCUCACGCGGAUGAAUAUUACCUAUUUGACGACGAACCUCCUGAGGUCGACGAGCAGCAGAUGUGGUGGCUCAAAGCAAAGGCUCUCUCGUUCAAAGAGUUCUUUGAUAAGAUUCGAAAUCAGAUUUCUUCUCUGACACUUGUGCCGGCUCCUGCGGCGGGAAACCUUGGGAAGAGUAUCAUGGGUAGCGGGGACUUUGGGUCAGAGGGUAUCAAAAGACUGUACUAUGAGUACGGCUGGCCGGGGCCUUUACGCAAGGAGGAAUUCCUUCAAGAAGCGGUACCAGUGCGGGAGUCUGGCAUUCGAGAGCUAUCACGUCAAGACAAUGAGUUUCACAACGCUUAA